GGCGGUCGAUGGUCCAAGACCAGCAGAGUCUACUCUUUGCGGCACUUAGCCUGUUCUCUGGCAGCUUUGAAUCCAGCACCUUGGGAAAAGGUAAGAUAGUAUGCCAUAGUUAUCACUGUGAAGAUCGCCAUUUUAAGUAAAGGACAAAUUGUCUGUAAUGGGCUCCCAUAGUGUCUCAGAUGAAUGAGACACGUACGUCAGCUGUUUACCAAAUUAAGCUCGUUGUUUUCCCCCUUGAAUGCCAAUUUGAAGAUUUGAGCUUUUUUCCCCGUUUUCUAAGGAAGUAAAAAAAGACAGAGGCUGUCUGGCUAAGUAUAUUGCUACAUUUUAAAGCACUCUUGCAUUCAGAGUACAGAAUCAUUGUGACUCCAACCUACAAAUAUAACAUCAAACUCUUUCCUUUUUUUAGGUUAAAAAGCUCAGUCGUCUUUGUCCUGCAAGUCCGUCUUCAUCUUCUGAUGUCUUUAUCCUCGAUCAACGUGGUACUGAUGGAAUUCUGGCACUGGGGUUGUUUGCACUUCACUCAGGCUUACAAUACAAAGAGAAAAUAAUGCCUUACUUGGUAGGUGUACUCAAAGGUCUUCCAACAGCAAGGUGGCUGGAAGCUAGGGAGCCUGUACAUUUCUCAAAGAGCCCUUUAGCAGGGGAGUUUGCAUUCUGUUUUGUAACACUUAUGAGUGGAUUAGCUGCGCAAGAUAACAGCUUGGAUGGGGACAUUAUCAAACUCCAGCUCAGUCUGUUUGAUACUCUUAUUGAUCAAUGCUGUGGUUAUAAAGACCUGACAGAUCCUAAGAAAGGUGAUACUGUAGCUUAAGUAUGCGAUGAAGUAGCUGAGACACUUUUGUCCAAUGGGCAGGUUUCUCCUGCUCUCCCUAGUCACUAAAAAUCCACUGAAAUGCACUUUUCAGAGGCCCCUAAAUUACAAGUUUUACCAUGGAGGUCCUCACCCUGCCAGAAGAGACUCUGUAUGAAACAGGAUAUGAUCUUUCUUGAGCUUGCAUUGCAUGUUACUAGGAUACAGCUUCAAACCCAGGCCUAAUAUCCUUGCCGAUUCUUUGACACUGUGGGCUCUGUUGUGAACAUCGGUUUAUCAAUAGGCAGAUGCUUGCACUCAAAAACUCAGUUUGACGAGGGAAUACAAAAUUGACUAGUCCAGAAGUUUGGGCUGUCAAAGGGACCCUGCGAGCUAAAGCUUUAUAAAUUUGGGGGCCCUCGCACAGAUCUUCCUAGACAAGCCGAAUGGGAAGAGGAAGGUCCCUUCCUCCACCUCUUCCGGACUUAUCUAGGAAGAUCAAGGGCCUCUGCUCGCAGGGUAUUCAGGCUGUGGCUACUUCAAAGGAUUGACACGAUUCAGGCAGAUUCUCCUCUUCUGCUCUUCAAUCAGGAAGAACACAAAAGGAGGCUCUGCUUGCAGGGUUGUAGGUCCACAGACUCUUCCAAAGGAAUGGGGUGAUACUGCCUCUUAUACCUACCCCCCCAUGUUUGAGCACCUUUCAAUCAAAUCUAUUUACAUGUACUUCAAUAAUAUAUUUAUAAUUCUUCCUUGUUAAAGAUAAUUUUCUGGAGAACUCUUUAGGACAAUGUGGUAUACCAGAAAAUUGUAGGAAGCUCACAUUGGUUGAACCUUUGAUGCCAGCAUUUAUGUUUGUGCAAACACUGGUAUUGUGGGUCAUUCUAUUGUCUUGAAUAUCCACACACUUCUCCUAUAGAUGAGGGUCCUUUUGCCUGGCCCCUUCAGAAAUUAACAUUUAUUCUUAGAUACCCUCAGAAAUAGUAUUAUUUUGUUCUCUACCCAUCAGAAAAUAUGGUGAUGUUAUUUGUCCCCUUCAUAAGAAAAACUGUAUUCACCAUGCCUAUAUUGAUGAUGUAUCUCUACCUUCAGAAAUUUAUUCCUGGUAUUUGCACCCUUCAGAAAUAGGCAUUUUGGACAACAACCCCCUCAGAAAAACCUCUCUCCUAGUAUUGACCCCUUCAGAAAAUCUCAUCUAUCUAGAGGGUGUGGAAAUAAAAUGGAAAGGUCCUGUGUUAGCACUCAAAAGGAAAAGUAAGUCAGCAUACACCUCCUUCAUCAGUGAUACAGUACCAUACUGGUGGAGAGGGUGCAGUUUAGUUCUACAAUGCUUUGUAGAAAACUGUAGAGAAAGGGAGAUUUAUGUUGUUGUGGGCAGUGUCUUGACUAGAAUGAGUCUUGAUGUGAGUGUUGAAUGUUACUUUCUCUCUAUCAUGAAACAUCCACCACCAACUAUUUUGCUCACAAAUGAGUUAAUAAUAAUAGAAUAUUGUUCUUAUCACCUCUUUCUUGCUGUUUACAGCUUCUUUUUGUUGCACUACUGUCCCCCUUGUCCUUGGUGUGGCCCAAGCUCUUGGAGUGUCCAGUGUCUACGUGUCUGACCCCUCCCUGAUUACAACGCUACUGUUCCCAAAACACUCUGGUCACAACACUCCUGAUGAACCUCAGUUACCAAGGGCACUGAGUCGUGCUGCGCCAAGACAAUUCCUGAGCUUUCCACAGGGCAACAGAGAUGACAGUUAUCAUUUAUCUGAUACUCAACUAAAUAAUCUCAUAAUGAAAGUAAGUUCUUGGCAGGAGUAGUCUAUAAUAGACCAGUUGUUAAUGAGAUAUGAAAUAAAUCAUAUAUGAACUGCGGAAAUGAAAUGAAGAUGAAGAAAUGAUCGGAUUUACGCAAUUGCAUAAAUUGCGUUCACUGCGACGAUCAUUUCUUGAUCUUCAAUAGACCAGUUAUUAGAAAUGACUUUAAUAUUCUUGUACAGUCAUAUCAGGCAUUAGAUAUGUUCUACUCUGACAUAAAGGCUUCUUAGGCGGGAUAUGUAUCUCUCUAGUCUGAAUUUCAAAUAUCAUGGUUUUGUGUUUUAGGGAGUAGGCCAUGUCACUGUUGGUAUUUAACCCAUCUUUAUGUCUUAUGUCACCAUUUCAUCAAGUCUUAUGUCGGUGUUUCAAGACCAUGUUACUUGUCGGAAUUUUACCCUAACACGGCCUCUGACCAGGGUUUUCUUUAAGAAUUCUGGUAGCACGAAAAAGGUGUAACGUUACGGGAGAACAUAAAAAUUAGUCAUUGGUUACCUGACAUGCCGGAGAAUUCUGCAUAUUAAAUGGAGGAUUCUCUGAUCUCUGAUGCCUAAUGAACAACCUGCCUGACAUGCCUACGUGUAAGCCAUGAUAAUCAGCAUACCCGGUAAUCUCUUCGUAUCAUGUCCUCAGCAACUUGCAUUAUCAUCACAUAUCUGUUAGCUCCUGUGUUAUCUCCUGUGAUAUUUAGCAGGAGAAAAUUCAUGUUGAUCACUCACUGAACACAAAGUGUUGAGUCAUUUGAUGAUUAAUAUUAUUUUUCUGAACAGGUUGAACAAUUGAUUAACAUGCAAGUUCUACAAGGAUUAGACCUUCUAUUGUCAGACUGUCUCCAGGUACUGUUCUUGUACGGACGAGACCAGACCAUAAAACCUGAGAAAUGAGGGCGUCAGUCUCGCGUGUUAAGCGUCCCUCCCUACCCUAUCUUGUCCAGCUCCUGCAAUUUCAAUUCCCCUUUGCAUUGGGGUGGUGGAGAAAGGAGGUGUACCAUUAUUUGGAAGAUUUUGAAUCAAGUUCUUUGUGAAACUGUUAACCAUUUUCAGAUAAGAAUAUGAAAGUAUUCCCCACCCAUCUUCAAACCAACAAGGGCAGGAGCCAGUUCCUGACCAAGGCGAUAUUUCACUAAGUAUUUCUAGGUUGUGGACAAGCUCCCCUGUCUUCUCCCCUCUCUUUGUAAGAGACUCACGCAUGGGUGCAGGCGACCCCCGCAACGCCUAAUAGUGAAGCCCUUUUUAUGCCCGGGGGGUACUCCUUUAUAUAAGCCAUACAGAUCUGUGCCGCCUUACAGGGUAUGAUUUUUGCGUCGUUUUGGUCUGAAAACGGGUACAGACUUUGCCCAUUUUGGUCUGGGAUCGGAUAUUGUUUCGAGGAAACUACGGGACUGUAGGAACAUAUUAUCGUUUCAAUUCCAAAUGAGUAAGAAACUAAAAGAGAAAUAUGCAAGUUCCUAACGGAUUUUAAGAAAUCUUUCUGGCUGGCGUUAUAAUCUAUGUAACGAUGACAUACUCCCACCAAGAAUUCCCAGGAGUACCCCCCUCGGGUUUUUAUAUAAGGUUUUACGGGAUCAACUGAGGUUUCUGGGUAACUUUCCACCUACCCCUCCCCUAAGUCAACAUUAACACUUACUUCUCACUUAGGGCAAAAUUGCGACUUAGGCCGGUUGUACUGUGUAGCAGUUGGAUGAGAUAUAUAGGGACAAAUAGGAGUGGUGAUCGCAAGGAACUGAAGAAGGACGAGCGUAUCACUCGUCUCGCGCCGCCCCAUAUCAGUUUCAUAAGCGGCGAAGUACGACAGGUUUUACAGGGAGUCUAGUACCUCAGAUUACUUGAUGCGAUAUAAUUUGCAGGUUCAAAAUUGGAGCACGUUACACAGGAAAUUACGUAGAGGGCAAGAAGAACGGCGAAGGUGUCUUCUUGUAUCCUGAUGGAUCCAAAUACGAUGGGUCCUGGAUCAACGAUCUACGGAACGGUUGGGGUACUUACACCUACCCUAACGGGGAUACUUACGAAGGGGAGUGGUAUCAGGGAGUUCGUCACGGCCAGGGGACCUAUACCUAUAAUGAAACGGGCUCUCACUAUGAGGGAACGUGGUUCCACGGCAAGAUGCAAGAUGAAGGUCACCUAGUGCACUCAAAUCACAGAUACAUUGGCAAUUUUGAAGAAAACAGGCCCAGGGGACCAGGAAAGUACGUGUUCGACUCCGCCUGUGUACAGUUGGGUAAGUAUGUAUGGAAAGAAGAGGAAAACCAAGGCGAGCACGAAGAGGAUGAAGCUGAGAUUUUGGUUACGCCCAUGUGGGAAGGAAAACAGAUUUGCGCUAUCGAGGAAGAGGAAACGGCUUAG